AUGGCGACUACGGCGGAUGCUCGGGCAGUCAAGUCGCUCAACACUUCCGAGGGACGUAAGAGAUUCACGGUGCGUGUUCGCCUUCUGCUUGUUCUAGUUACUGCUUCAGUUUCAAAAAUGAAGAAGCUCAAUUAUCUGUUUCCUUUGUUCUCUCUAAUAUGGCCUUUUGUGGUUUAUUACUUCUUGCUGCAGUUCAAGACUUUCUCUCAGAGAAUCAAUGAGAUUGACAUCAACGUGUUUAGGAGCCUGAAUAAGGUGAAGGCUGAGCCUUCAGAGGGGUCCUCAUUUUUUAGAGAUUGCCUCGUAGAAUGGAGGUUCCAAAUUCUGAAGUUGAUUGCUGCUUUAUCAAGAGAUCUCUUGGAGGACUUUAUUCCCUUCCUUCCACGGAUUGUGAACUCCUUAGUGUCUCUCCUAAAAAAUGGUGCCCACAAAGAGCCAGAUAUUAUUGAGCAGAUAUUCUCAUCAUGGUCUGAAAUACUGGUGAACCUGCAGAAGUAUCUCAUAUGCGACAUCGAUGGUAUUCUCAGGGAUACGGUGGAAUUGAGGUAUCACCCCAAAGACUAUAUCAGUGAAUUUAUGUCAGAGUCCAUGUCAUUUUUGUUGAGGAAUGCACGGGAUAAGGAACUUGAAAAAGGGAUAAAGAGGAUCCUUUCCGAAGUUGCAGAUCCACCCAAAAAAGCUGGAGGAGUUGGUUUACUAUAUUAUGCUAUGAAGAGAGGUACCUGUGGAAGUCUUCAUUCAAAAGCCCAGAGAGUAUUGAGAUUCUUGCUGAAAGAUUCAACAUUAUCUUUAUGUGAUAAUUCUUCUGAAGGCAAGUACUCUUUCUUAGGAGAUGUUAAGAGCCUUGGUACAGUCGUGGAAGUUGUGAGGUUGACUUUGCAGAGAUUAUGCGAGGAUUUGGAAGCAGACAAAUUAAGUGUUAUGUGGGAAUGCUUGAAUCAAGAAAUAAACGAAUCAAUCAUAAACAAAAACACAAUUCAUUUAAGCCGACUGCUGAGUGUCCUUACUGCAGCUGUUAGGAUCGAGAAAGUUCUCAAGGUUCAUGAUUACCCAUCUUUGAUUCGGCUCGUGAGCCUCAUUGUGUCAACUUUUGUGGCUUCCUCUGAUACCGUUCCAGAAGUGGAUAACUUACCUGCUGUCCUUGAUGAAGUUCUGCAACUGAUAUUAUGCACAAUAAACAGAGUCAAUGAAUUGCAAGCUGUUGCUUCGCAAUGGGCUCCCAUUUUUGACUUUAAGAGUUCAAGUGCAAUCAACAAUAUGAUUUGGGAUUCUUCUGAGGAAGUUAUUCCCUUGUUACUAACAUUGUGUGAAAUACAACAAACAAGUGACGACAGGGUGAACAUCGUAGAUCAAACAUUUGAGAGUAGAUUUGAGAGAAUUCAUGAGUUUUUGGAAGAAAACAUUAAGAAGGUUCGACAGAAUAUAGAGAAUACUGGAGUAUCUCAAAUUGAUGAGGCCGAGUUGGCUGUGGUUUGGGGAGUUGUCAACUGUUAUCCUUACUUUAAAGUGGAUUCAUCAUUAUUGAUUUGCUUCAAGAAAACUCUCCAACAGCAUUUGGCAGUGUCGGAUGACACUUUUAGUGCCCCAGAAUCGAUGUGGCAGAGCUUACUUGGUGCUGCUUUGAGGUCGUGUCACAAACUUUCGAGAAGAAUCAACCACUGUGAUGUAGAGGAAGCUUUGUCUUUUGCUAAAGACUACAAGUCAUGUGUACAAGUGUUGUCCCCCGUGGCCGAUUUUUUGGAUUUAGUUCACAGGACUGCAUUAGCUAAUAAUGACAGGUCUAAGGCAUAUCCAGAACUUCAAGCUAAAUACGUUGAAGAUGGUUUCGACAAAUUUUCGGAAAAUUUGCGUCACCCAAACAAAGACAUCCGUCUUAUGACUCUGAGGAUUUUGUGCCACUUUGAAACUUUGUCGUCUGACCCUUCUUUUGAAAAGCAUCCUCCUAAGAAGAAUAUGAAAACUGAAGAGACUAAAUCUUUUCCUAAAGAGAACGUUCUUCAGGUGUUACGCACAGUCGAAGAGACUGCUCCCACAAUUGAUACCGAUCGGAAGUUGGUCAGUUUAAUUUCUGGAAUACAAAAGGAUCUCGCUGCUGGCAGUAUACAUGCGGCAUAUGUGCAGCUAGUAUUGAAUGGGAUGAUGGGACUAUUUCAUAUUAGAUAUGAAAAGUUGUGGGGUCCAGCAUCUGAGUGUCUUGCAGUUCUUCUGAGGAAUCACACAGGAGCUGUGUGGAGUGGUUUUGUUUGUUAUUUGGACCAGUGGCAACUAAAAUUUGAAACACCCCACAGUCAUAGUGAGAAUGCGAACCACAGCAUGUCAGAGAGGCAUACUGAUCUGAUUGGCCGGUUUAAUUCAUUUCUCUUUCCGCCGUCUGAUAGCACACCUACUGCAACGGUGGUAUGCCGGUUGCUCCAGACCUUACAAAAAGUUCCCACUGUUGCUCAGUCCCAUGCUUCUGAAAUUCUCCCUUUGUUAUUGAAAUUUCUGGGAUACAACAGUGAAAAUCCUACGAGCGUCGGAUUAUUUAAUGCCCAGGUUUGCAAAGGAGAGGAUUGGAAGAAGAUUCUUAUACAAUGGUUGACUUUGCUAAAAUUGAUGAAGAAUCCUAGGUCGUUUCAUUUUAGCCAAUUCCUAAACGACGUUCUGCAGAAUAGGUUCCUGGACGAUAAUGAUGCUGAAAUACAAACCAUUGUUCUAGAGUGCCUUCUGUUGUCGAACGACUUCUUACUCCCACACCGGGAGCAUUUGUUGAAAUUGAUCAAACCAGAGGAAUUGAGAGAAGAACUCACGACCUGGAACUUGUCCGAAGACAUUGAAGAAGCACACAGAUCUCAUCUUUUUUCUCUUGUUAUUCGCAUCCUUAUGCCAAAAGUUAGGACAUUAAAGAAUUUGGCUUCACGGAAGCAUACAAGUAUCCGUCACCGAAAGGCAGUUCUUUGCUUUAUAUCUCAGCUUGAUGUUAAUGAACUUGCUCUGUUCUUUGCGUUGUUGAUAAAGCCUUUGAACAUCAUAUCAGAGGAAACAAUGGACUUGUUCUGGAGUUCUGGCAAAAGUUCUGUGGAUUAUUUCCAAAAGUCGAAUUUCCUGAAACAUUUCACUGUUGAUACUAUUUCGACAUUAUCGAGGAAUCAGAAAUCUGGGUUUCUUCAUGUCAUCCAACAUAUCCUUGAAGUCUUUGAUGAACUCCGUGUCCGACCUUUUCUAGACUUUUUGAUGGGAUGUGUUGUCCGGCUAUUGGUAAACUAUGCUCCAAAUAUCCAUGAAGAAAGGAACGUCGAAUCAUUGGCACUAAGAAAUGUCACCGCCGCCCCAUCAACUCCAGAUGAUAAAGAGAAUGUUUCCAUAGAUCACGACCAGGCUGGCUCUGAUUUGAAGCAGUCUAAAGAGUUGAGAUCCUUAUGUGUGAAAACCAUUGCUCAUGUGCUUGAUAAAUACGAGGAUUGUGAUCUUGGCUCCGAGUUCUGGGACCUUUUCUUUUCGGCAGUCAAUCCGUUAAUUAAGAAUUUUAAGCAGGAGGGUUCUAGUAGUGAGAAACCAAGUUCCUUGUUCUCAUGCUUCUUGUCAAUGAGUAAAAGCCGCAAUCUCGUGACCCUCUUAUGCCGGGAAGAAUCUCUUGUUCCGGACAUUUUUUCAAUUCUAACAGUCACCACAGCUUCAGAAGCUAUAAAGUCUUCUGCCUUGAAGUUCAUAGAGAAUCUGCUUUCUCUUGACAAUGAGUUGGAUGAGGAUGACCAUAUGUUCAAAGGAUUCUUAGAUCCGUACAUUGAAGCACUGAUUAACAGCUUGCAUUCUCUUUUUACUGGGGAUAUUUCGAAAAGGAAAUCUGUCAAGUAUCAUGGGGAAAGAGAGAUUAAGAUUCUGAAAUUAAUGUCAAAGCACAUGCGAGUUCGUUCUCGUGUUAUGAAGUAUUUGGAUGUCUUGCUUUCUUUCUUGGAUAAACGUGUUAAAGACUCUGAUAUCCGUCGUGAGGCUUUGCUAGCCAUUCAGGACAUCAUACCGUUGCUUGGGACUGAGAGUAGCACCGAAAUCAUAAAUAUAGUCUCCCCUCUGCUUGUUGACGCUGAAGGUGAUGUUAGAUUAUGCAUUUGCGAUCUUCUUGUAUCGCUUGCAAAAAUCGACUUUUCUCUGGAUGAUGUGGCAAAGCGCGUCCGCGAUAUGAAUGCCAUCUCAGCCAUGGAAGUUGAUGACCUUGACUAUGAAAAGAUAGUUAAUGCUUAUGUGGAGAUUGAUGCGGAUUUCUUUAAUAGAUCCUCAGUGCAGCACACGAUGAUUAUACUCUCUCAAAGUAUAUACAACAUAUCAUCCGAAUCAAUUAUGUUAAGGGGAUGCGCGCAGAAGCUCUUGUCUUCUUUCAUUGAUUUUUCAUCCUCAGUUCUUUGCCAAGAGGCUUCAGCUGACUCUGGCUUUGGCAAAGGGGUCAAAAUAGCUGAUGAUGCAAGCUGGACACAAGUUCGUGUACUGUCCAUUUUGAGAAAGUUUAUUUUGAAACACAUUGGUGAUGCAAUAAGCGGAGGUGGCCUUAUAAUAAAGGAGUGGAUUCUUUUGAUACGUGAAAUAGUGACAAAACUCCCAGAUGCCGGAGAUCUUGCUGCAUUCAGACCUUUAUGCUCUGAAGAUGAGAAUUUAGAUUUUUUUAAGUCCAUUGUUCACAUUCAGGCACACCGUAAAGCAAAGGCAAUUUCACGCUUCGCAAAUGUGGUCAAAGAUAGCGGUCUGCCUGAGGGAGUAGUGAGAAAACUUUUGGUCUCGAUCUUUUUCAACAUGUUGCUCGAUGGACAAGAUGGAAAAGAUAAUAAUGUCCGAAAUGCAUGCACAGAGGCCCUUGCAUCUGUAUCUGCACAUAUGAGUUGGAAGUCGUACUAUGCUCUAUUGAAUCGAUGUUUCCGUGAGAUGAACAGGCAUACCAAAAAGGGAAAAAUUCUGCUGCGUCUUAUUGGCUUGAUUUUGGAUAACUUUCAUUUUACAGAAGAUGCUUACGCGCAGGAGAUUGAGGAGAUAAGGACUCACCUUCAGAAAAAUUUGUUCCCGAAGAUAAAGAAGCUAAUGGAUUCUGAUUCUGAUAAUGUCAAUGUUAACAGCAGUGUGGCUGCGCUGAAGGUUCUAAAGCUGCUCCCCGAGGAUGUAAUGGACUCAAAUCUGUCCUCUAUCAUUACUAAAAUUGCCACUUUUUUGAAGAACCGGCUGGUGAGCACACGUGAUGAAGCGAGAUUGGCUCUGGUUGCUUGUUUGAAGGAACUAGGGCUGGAGUACUUGCAAGUUGUUGUCAAUAAUUUACGUGCUAUCUUAAAAAGAGGAUCCGAGGUGCAUGUGCUGGGAUACACUGUCAAUUUUAUCUUAUCGAAGUGCCUCUCCAAUCCUACAUGUGGGAAGUUAGAUCAUUGUGUGAAAGAUCUCCUGGCUGUGGUGGUAACAGAUAUCUUUGGAGAGGUUGCUGAACAGAAAGAUGAGGAAAAAUUCGCAUCCAAAAUGAAAGAAACAAGAAUACGCAGCUCAUUUGAGACUCUGAAAUUGAUUGCGGAAAAUGUAACGUUCAGAAGCCAUGCAUUGACAUUACUUUCUCCGGUCUCCGCUCAGCUGCAGCGGCACCUUACUUCAAAGAUAAAAUUAAAUCUGGAGAAGAUGUUAAAUCAAAUUGCAGCUGGUAUUGAAGGCAAUCCAUCUGUUGACCAAGGAGAUCUUUUUCAAUUUAUACAUGACCUCGUUGAUGAUGGUAUCAAUAACAGGAGUGGUCUAGGAGGUCAAAUGUCUUCUCCACCACCCCAAAAGAAAAGGAAAUCAAGAGAUAUGCAAGAGACUGCGGGGUUGAUUUCUGGUGCACAGUCAUGUCCACAUCUUAUAACCGUGUUUGCUCUGGACCUAUUGCAUAACAGGAUGAAGAAAAUUAAACUCGACAGAACUAAUGAAGAUCUGUGGUCAAAGUUAGAUCCAUUUGUUCAGUUACUUACUGGAUGCUUGAGUUCCAAGUAUGAAGAUAUUGUAUCUUCAGCUCUUAGAUGUUUCACUUCAUUAAUGAGGUUUCCACUGCCUUCACUCAUAUCUGAAGCCGAUGAAGUGAAAACAGUAUUGUUAACCAUUGCGCAGUCUGCCGUGAAUUCCCGCAGUCCUCUUGUGCAGUCAUGCCUUAAGCUGUUAACAACGCUUCUGGGUAAUAUAAAUAUGGAAUUGUCAUUGGAGCAGGCUAAAAUGGUGAUUCAGUUUCCCAUGUUUGUUGAUCUGGAGUCCGAUCCAUCUUCUCUUGCUCUUUCACUCCUCAAAGCGAUUGUGAAACGGAAGGUUGUGGUUCCAGAGAUUUAUGACCUUGCAAUUCAGGUUUCAGAGUUGAUGGUAAAAAGUCAGCUGGAAUCAAUCCGCAAGAACUGUAAACAGAUACUGAUGCAGUUUUUGGUCCACUAUACACUUUCUGAAAAACGUUUAGAGCAACAUGUGAACUUUCUGCUGGAAAAUCUGAGGUAUCAACAUCCAACUGGAAGAUUAGCAGUCCUUGACAUGCUCCAUACGCUAAUCUUGAAAUUUUCACAACCUAAGCUUGGCAAGCAGUUAGCUCUUGACCAGCAGUCGAAAAAAAUGUUUCUUCAGCUUGCUCUUUGUUUGGCCAAUGAUGAUGAUAAAGAAGUGCGGUCUCAGAUUGGUUCUGUGAUAGAACUUCUGAUAGGGCGCAUCGGCAAAGAUCAUGUUGGUACUACUCUUUCGUACUGUCUGUGUUGGUAUAAGCAGCAGAACUUACGGGCAGUCGCAGCACAGGUGUUGGGAUUUAUUAUUGACGCCAUGAAGGAAAAAACAUUUCGGAAGCAUAUCUACAGUACAUUGCAGGAUACCAAAACGAUUUUGGAGUCUGCUGUGAAUGCUUCCAGCCUACAGUUGCAAGUUACUGUUGAGGAAGCUAGUAUUCCUUUCUGGAAGGAAGCAUUCUACUCAUUGGUUAUGAUCGAGAAGAUGCUCGAGAAAUUUCCUGAUUUAUGUUUCGGAAAAGAUUUAGAGGAUAUAUGGAAUAUGGUGUUUAAGUUCUUGCUGCACCCACACGAAUGGUUGCGAAGUAUAUCCUGCCGGCUCCUGAAUCAUUAUUUUGAGGCAUUGGCUGGGAGGAAAAGAGCAGAAUCCCAGAUAUUAGUAGCUGAUUCUCUUCUCGAGAAGCCAAGUAGCCUGUUCAUGGUAGCUGUUUCUCUUUGCUUCCAGUUAAAGGAACAGCCCAUGACAGGCAAGGUUGAUGCUGUUGAUCUCCUCACAGCAAAUAUUGUUUUUGCGGUCUCUAGUCUUCAUUCUGUGAUUGGACAAUCUGAUCAAGCAACCAACAAUGGGUUCUGGUCCAGUCUUGACAAGGAUGAGCAAGUGGUUUUCCUCGAAGCCUUUGAAUUGCUUGAUUCAGGGAAAGGAAAGUCUACUUUUCUGGCUCUUACCUCAGGCGAACGUACUGAGAAUGGUGAAGAUGAUGCUAAUGAUGUAAGAAAUGUAUUGAUCGGAAGUUUGCUCAAAAGGAUGGGGAAGGUUGCUCUUGAUAUGGAGUCUGUUCAGAUGAGAAUUGUGUUCAACGUCUAUAAAGCAUUUACCUCGCAAAUGAAUCAAGAAGAAUGUCGUUUAUAUGCCUACAAAAUUCUGCUUCCACUGUACAAAGUUUGCGAAGGAUUCACCGGAAAAAUCAUCUCAGAGGAGUUGAAACAACUAGCAGAAGAGGUACGAGACGGUAUAAGAGACAAGACUUUAGGCAACCAAAUCUUUGUGGAAGUUUACAGUGAAAUAAGGAAAAGUUUGAAAACGAAAAGGGAGAAGAGAAAGCGAGACGAGAAGCUAAUGGCAGUGGUGAAUCCGGAGAGAAAUGCCAAGAGGAAACUGAGGUUAGCUUCAAAGAAUAAAGCAAACAAGAGAAGAAGAAUGACGAGCAUGAAAUUAUCCAGAUGGGCACGCUCUUGAAAUCCCCUUCUUCUUAUGCAUAUCCAGCCAUUUUUGUCACGCUUAUAGAAAACCAGAGUUAAAUCACUUUUGAGUCUUAUGUUUCAAUUAGAGUAGUCUAUUGAUAUUUAUGAUCCAGUUUUUUUUCUAUGUAAAAGACUUUUGUUCAGAAAAAAGAUUCACUUUCCAUCAUCGUGUAAGAAACCAAGAAUCUAACACUGCUUACUUGUGUUCCAAGUGUUCUUUGUUGCGUUGAAAAAUGUUGUGACAAAUAAAAUACUAAAGACAUUUAAAAAGAGAAAGCAACUGCCAAAACUACUGCUCAUGCUCUAGCCAUCCACCUAGUUUAUCUUAUAGACUAUCUCCAAUGGUUAUCUGGCAACAACACAUUUGUUAUUCUUAUUGAAAAGAGAGAAGAUGAUGAUGAUUAUCCGGCUAGAGUGACAAUCGAACAGUUGUGAAGCUUCCUCCUCCGGUAAAGUGGUAACACUGUUGCGGAUGAACACACAAGUUGAAUGCAAGUUUAGUAUUCUCAAAGUCACAUACUAUGCCACCGCCUUGAGAGAGAACUUGGCGCAACCACCUUUGGUGAAACUAAUGCACUUCAAUAUGAUACACUGGUCUAUAGAUAGCACAUCUGAAAGCUUGGAUACCUCUUCAUUGGACAAUUCGCGCUUGUAAAUUCCGCCAUAACGAUCACCAUUGUAUUCAACUACUGCCAAAGAGAUAUUUUCGUCAAUAGAUCUCACUAUGCAUUCAUACAGUUCACCGACUUCCGCAACACUGCCGACUUGGGGUACCUUUGGCUGUGGAGCAUUUUCUAGAGAAAACUCGGGGAUACCAUAUGGGCUUAUUCUAUUGCACUUCAGUAUGAUACGCUGGUCAAUAGAUAGCUCAUCUGAAAGCUUGGAUACCUUUUCAUAGGACAUUUCGCGCCUGUAAGCAUCUGGAAUCUUGGAUAGCUUUUCAGGGGACAAUUCGCAAAGACGACCACCAUAGAAUUCAAUCGCCAUUCUAUUAUCUUCAAUGUACAGUGGGAUAGUGUAAAGUAGGCCACGACGACCACCAUAGUAUUCAACCAAGGCCCCAUCCACUCUAAUUGAUUUCACUAUGCAUUCAUACAGCUCGCCGACUUCUGCAUCACGGGCGACUAGGUACAUACCUUUUCUGGAUUAUUCUCCAGUAUAGAACAAGUUUUGUUGGGGGAGUUUAUUACUCGCUCCAUGUGCUCAAGAAUUUGAAGACUGGCUUCACGUCCAUAACUCAAAGCUUCACAAAUGAUAUCUAACGAAAUUCCAGCUGACUUUACAUCCAACUGAAUUGCUGUUAUACCAUUUCGUGUACCAGCAAGUUUGCAAUCCAUUUCUACUAAACCAUCUUCCAAGCCCUGAAUA